CGGGCCGCGGGGUGCGUCCGCAGCCGCUGCGCUCCGCUCUCCGCCGGGGCUCCGCGCUCUCCAGCCGCUCUGCCUUCGUCGCCUUCGGCCGGAGGACCUGGAGCUGUCUGCGAGGAGCCCACGCUUUGCCAGCACUUUCCCCUGCCUCGUCUGUGACUGUUUUCAUUUUGUUUUAACCCAGAAGAGGCGUCUCAACACAGCAUGUUGGAUAUCUGUGUUUUAUGUUUUUAUGUGAUUGCUCUUUCUUUUCCGGCCGGCUGUCUUUUCUUCUUUCCCUUCGCUCUUCCUUUCUCUCUUUUCUUUCUUUCUUUCUUUCUCUUCCUUCUUCCUUUCUUCUUUCCUUUCUUUCUUCUUUUCUUUUUCUUUUCUUUUUUCUUUCCUUCUUUUCUUUUUCCUUUUUCUUUCCCUUCCCUCUUCCUGCCUUUCUUUUUUCUUUCUUCCUUCUUUCCUUUCUUCCCUCCUUUAUUUUCUUCUCUUCUCCUUCCUCUUCCUUUCUUUCCCUCUUCCCUCCUUCCAUUUCUUUCGUUCUUCUUUCUUUCCUGUCUCUCUUCCUGCCUUCUUUUCUUUCUUCUUUCUUUCAUUUCCUUCUCUCAUUUCUUUCCCCCACCUUCCCUUAAUUCCUCCCUCACUCUUUUCCUUCCUCCCUUCCUCUCUCCAUUUUCUUUCUCUUCUUUCUUCAGCUUCCCUCCUUUCUCCUCUUUCUCCUUUCCUUACCUCUCUGGCUCUCCUGUUUUUUCGUCCCAUUUCUCCCCUGAGUCUUCUCUUAUUUCUGCUAUCUGGUUCUCUUCCCUCCCUCUCUGUCUUUCAGUUUUUCUUAGUCUACCGGUAGAAUAGCAACUCCCAACUUUAAUUCUGACAUCUCCCAAAAGUCUUCUCCACCCCCUGUCACCAUGGCCCCUUCCAGCCCCUCUCUCACUCGCGGCUCCCUAGACACCAGACUGUGUGGCCUGGAGGCAUUGCCCUUGGAGGUUGACCUGAGGGAACUUUCCUGGGCACACCCAAGGCCCUUUCCCAGGCUCCUGGUCCUAAGUGAGAAAUGGCCUUUUUCCCCCCAUUAAGUCACCAGCUGAGCUUGGGACAGUGGGGGAUCUGGUGGCCCCAGGCCCUAUCGGACUCAGAGUGCGGAAGGGGAAGAAGGAAGAUGACUAAUUACAUCAUCUCCAGCUUCCCUGGGCUGGGGACAAUUGUCCCCGACGCUGUUCCCAUCCCCACUGAGUAUUAGGAUGGGGGUGGGUGGUAGUGAGAGUGAAUUGGGUAACUGGGCUGGAAGUGAAAGUGUGUGCGCGGGGCGCUCGUGUGUGUUCGUGUAUGUGUGUGUGUGUGCCUGUGCGCGCUUGUGUUGGGCAGGUCCGGCUGUCAGUGGCCGCCUGGCGCCCCAGGCGCUCCAGCCUCCCGUCGCCGGCCGGCGCACUGAGCCAGCAGCCCCGGGCUUUAGGAUUUCUGAAAUGAGUGUGAGGAUUUCUGCGGAAAAGCGAAACUUUGUUAGGACAGGUCUUUAAGAAAACACCCCUCUUCCCUUUUUCACAGCGACCACCCGCGACAGUUCUGAGCCCCGCCCUCGGACCCUUCUCCACAUGCUUUUUGGUGGUGGGGGGAUGUGGCUUCCCAAGGCCAGGCACUCGCAGUUGGCCGGAGCGUGAGGGGUUCCUGGAGGGUGGCUGCUGCGGCGAGACGCCGAGCGUGUUUUCCAUCCAUUCCCACCUGCCCUGCUAGCUGAGACGUGAGAUUCGAGGGGUGCCGGAAUAGAACUGUGGGUUCUAUUCCGCGAAGGUGGGUUCACUUCAUCCACCGCUACUUUUCUUCCUCCCCACGCAGUGCGUGUCAGGUAGGAGUAAAUGUUUAUAGCGUUUCAUCUCGCGCGCAAAACCCAAACAAAACUUUCACACCUCUUCAGCGAGUUCUGAGGACGCACGCGUCCCUUGGCGGAGAGGACGAGGACAUGAGGGGACAUGUGCGUCCCGUUGUCAGCUGGGUCUAUGUAGCCUGAAGGGGCGUGAAGAGCGCCCACUGGAUGUUUUGGGGAAAGAGGAGCGGGGUGGGUCUGGCCCGGGCUCACUUUGAGAAGCAGCCGCCUUCCAAUCUGCGGAAAUCCAACUUCUUCCACUUCGUCCUGGCCCUCUACGACAGACAGGGCCAGCCCGUGGAGAUCGAGAGGACAGCGUUUGUGGGGUUCGUGGAGAAGGAAAAAGAAGCCAACAGCGAAAAGACCAAUAACGGAAUUCACUACCGGCUUCAGCUUCUCUACAGCAAUGGGAUACGGACGGAGCAGGAUUUCUACGUGCGCCUCAUUGACUCCAUGACAAAACAAGCCAUAGUGUAUGAAGGCCAAGACAAGAACCCAGAAAUGUGCCGAGUCUUGCUCACACAUGAGAUCAUGUGCAGCCGCUGUUGUGACAAGAAAAGCUGUGGCAACCGAAAUGAGACUCCCUCAGAUCCAGUGAUAAUUGACAGGUUCUUCUUGAAAUUUUUCCUCAAAUGUAACCAAAAUUGCCUAAAGAAUGCAGGAAACCCACGUGACAUGCGGAGAUUCCAGGUCGUGGUGUCUACGACAGUCAAUGUGGAUGGCCAUGUCCUGGCAGUCUCUGAUAACAUGUUUGUCCAUAAUAAUUCCAAGCAUGGGCGGAGGGCUCGGAGGCUUGACCCCUCGGAAGGUACGCCCUCUUAUCUGGAACAUGCUACUCCCUGUAUCAAAGCCAUCAGCCCGAGUGAAGGAUGGACGACGGGAGGCGCGACUGUGAUCAUCAUAGGGGACAAUUUCUUUGAUGGGUUACAGGUCAUAUUCGGUACCAUGCUGGUCUGGAGUGAGUUGAUCACUCCUCAUGCCAUCCGUGUGCAGACCCCUCCUCGACACAUCCCUGGUGUUGUGGAAGUCACACUGUCCUACAAAUCUAAGCAGUUCUGCAAAGGAACACCAGGCAGAUUCAUUUACACAGCGCUCAAUGAACCCACCAUCGAUUAUGGUUUCCAGAGGUUACAGAAGGUCAUUCCUCGGCACCCUGGUGACCCCGAGCGUUUGCCAAAGGAAGUAAUACUCAAAAGGGCUGCGGAUCUGGUAGAAGCACUGUAUGGGAUGCCACACAACAACCAGGAAAUCAUUCUGAAGAGAGCGGCUGACAUUGCCGAGGCCCUGUACAGUGUUCCCCGCAACCACAACCAACUCCCGGCCCUUGCUAACACCUCGGUCCAUGCGGGGAUGAUGGGCGUGAAUUCGUUCAGUGGACAACUGGCCGUGAAUGUCUCCGAGGCAUCACAAGCCACGAAUCAGGGUUUCACCCGCAACUCAAGCAGCGUAUCACCACACGGGUACGUGCCGAGCACCACUCCCCAGCAGACCAACUAUAACUCCGUCACCACGAGCAUGAACGGAUACGGCUCUGCCGCCAUGUCCAAUUUGGGCGGCUCCCCCACCUUCCUCAACGGCUCAGCUGCCAACUCCCCCUAUGCCAUAGUGCCAUCCAGCCCCACCAUGGCCUCCUCCACAAGCCUCCCCUCCAACUGCAGCAGCUCCUCGGGCAUCUUCUCCUUCUCACCAGCCAACAUGGUCUCAGCCGUGAAACAGAAGAGUGCUUUCGCACCAGUCGUCAGACCCCAGACCUCCCCACCUCCCACCUGCACCAGCACCAACGGGAACAGCCUGCAAGCGAUAUCUGGCAUGAUUGUUCCUCCUAUGUGAAAGAAUUGCCUUGAAGAAUUGUAUUAAUGAAGAGGUUGGAUUCUGCUACAGAGAGUAAUCUGAUACAAGUCCCAGAGUGGAACUUUUAACUCAGGCCUUUUUAAGAGGAAUCACAAUAACUGCAGAUUUUUAAACAAACAAAAUCACCGACCUUGCAAAUACUGAAAUUGGAAGAGGGAUCUGCAAGUGCGGGGUGUUGGUUAAAGUUGUACCCCCCAAGUAUUUGGGGGAUAUAUUUAUUCUGUAUUGACAAAAGCAAAUCCACUUUUUCUUUUUCUUUUUUUUUAAAGCUUAAUUCUGCAAUCAUUUGUCUUUUAUAAACCGUAAAGCUCUAUACAAGGGACACUAUAAAUAAGACUCCAUGUUUUAAUUUAUGAUGUUUUUAAAGCUGUGUAAAGGAAGAAUGAAGUGGUGACAUUUACAAAAAGGUAAAAAAAAAAAAAAAAGAAAAAAGAAAAAAAAAAAAGCUUGUAUGGGACAGAAUAGGAAUGCCAGUUAGAUUUUUUAGAAAAACUAAGGGUCGGCUUUUGCGCCUUAAAGCAUAUCAAAUGGUAGUUAGCUCAGACAGUGCAUUUUCAAUAUCUAACUUAACAUGCCACCCCUUAGCAGUGCAAGCUUAUUUAUCUCUUUUGUAUUGUUGUCUUAAGUAACUGUGUAAAUAAAUGCAGCCUGGAAAGUUAAAACGCGAUGUAAGUGAUCACAUUUUUCCCUCUACUCGAAAAUCCAGUGCCUCUAGACAGAUUGUUAAAACUGCAUAUUUAAAUCUGAUCUCAUUCUCUCCUUUUACUUAAGUCAGUUUCUUCUGAAGCCGAUGGCCUCUCGAGAGCUUGGUGGCACACAUACUGUGUGAGAAUCUCCUUUGAGACUUCAUGGAACAGGGUCCAGGCACAGAAUUCCACACUCUGCCCUCCAGUUAACAAGCCAAAACCUCACGUACGCUCCCCCAUUUGCAAGUUUAAAGUUUACUCAUCCUAAAUGCUGACUUCAUACCUAUCUUCCAAAAGUUGAUAAAAGCAACGUGGCAGGUAUUUUCGAUUUUCCCAUUCAAGAUACUGCCUCUAUCAGUCGACCCUUACCAUUUGUAAUAUAAUAGAUUAAAACAACAGGUUAAGUGCUUUGGAAUUAAGAGUUAAAGGGAACCCGAGGUGGGGAAAGGAAAAGAAGGUUGAGACCUCCAAAACAUAGUUUUCUGUUCUAUGGGAAUUUUUGCUCUCAUUAUCUGGGAAGUGUUCUUAAAAAUAAGAAUUAAUAGCAAAGAUGCAGCAAAGCUCUGAGGAUGCAUUUGCCUGAUAUUUUUUUCUUUGCUCUUGUGUUUUUGUAUGUAGUUAUAAAUACUGUAGAUUUUUUUUUGUGGUUUUUUGCCAAAGUUCUUGUUCUAUUUAUACAUUUUAAUGUCUUAAGACAUUUUUUCAAUAUCACAAAAAGAUUUUACUGCAUAUUUUGCAAAGAAAAAAAGCUCACUACCUUUAGCUUGCACAUACUUGCAAAGUUAAUUAAAAGGCUUUUUGUUUUAAAGGGGAUUUUGUAAAAUAUCCAUAUAAAUAAUGUAUUUAUCUUUCGAAUUUGUACAUUGCUUUUCCCUUCUUCCUCUUCCUUCCACCCCCAAUUUAUUUUAUUGUGUAUGUUUGCUAUGUGAAAAGUGCGUAUUUGUUUGGUCACCUACACUUGUAUUAGCUGCUUCAAUGUGAUUUUUAAACAUUUCAUUUAUAGUUAUUUUUAGUAUUGUUAUAAACCAUGCUUCAGUUUUUUUAAUUUCCACCCAAAAGUCAUUGUCUAUUUUUGUAUUAUUUGUAAGUUAAGAAGUUUUUUCCAAUAUAUGGCAAAAAAAAUAGUAGCAUAUUAUUCUUGUAGUAUUUAGUUCAGUAGAUUAAAAAAAAAAUGUAUCCUUUGCUUUGGAAGCUUACAAAACAACCCUAAUGCUGUUUUACUCUAUUAAUAUGCAUGGAAUCUCUCCCUUUGGAGUGACGCAUUUUGUGCAUUAAAUUCUAGGGAGAAACUUCAUAGAAAUCAAUGAACAUACUUUCUUUCUUAAGUCUGCUUGUAUAUUUUCUCUGUCUUUCACAUAAAUAUAAACCAGCAGAUUGGAUGCCUUAACAAUGCAAAUCAUAUUCAUUUCACUUGUACAUUGUAACUGUGCACCAGAACUGUCAGUCAUCACUAACAUUCUAAGAAAAAAGAAAAAGAAAAAAAGAAAAAAAAAAAGAAAUCGAAAAGCACAAAAGAACUGUUUUGUUACCUUAAGACAAUGUAACUUUUUCUAGUAGAGCAAGAAAUCAUUUACAACAAUGCUGCAACUGUGCAUGCCCCCAUAUGGAUUUUGCAAUGGUUUUCACUAGACUGUCAAGAGUGCGAUUUUUAUGGGUUGGGGUGGGUGGGGGAGGGGAGUUAUGGGAGGGUAAGGGAGGGAGGAAAGCUGUUUUUCAUGGUGAGAAAUAAUAAUGAUGACUAAUAAUAAUAAAAAAACUGGAAAAUGUAAGCAAGGUGGACGCAUUGCUUCUCGGUACUCAGAAAGGUUAUCUGAAUUUGCGUGGUAAGCGCUGGCCUGAAGAUGUACACAAGUUAAAGCCAUAUUUUGUCUGGUGAGCCCCUUAACUGUUUCUGAAGGAAUGAAUGGUGAGCCGGGAAGGUGUCCGGCUUAGACCUUGACAACAGACGCUACCCAUUUGUCAGCCAUGUGCAGUGGUUAGAACUCUUCUUGAAAGUCCAAAGAGCCUUUAAAAUGUGUAUAAUUUGUGUUUCGUUGCUUCUAUUUCUAUUGAUUAGAUGAAACGACAUUCUGGCCCUCUGAUCCUCUUUCUUCUCCACAAAAGUUGUUUUACAAAUAAAAGAUGUUCCCCUAAAUACAGAAUAUGGCUUUAAGAAGAAAAUGAAAUGAAGAAUUAAAUUAAGAGUUCAGUGUUGGGGGAAAAAUAGAGCUUCUGGAUGACUGGAUUGCAUAACAGUGCCCUGGCCUCACAUUGUACUAGGAUGCAGCUUAAAUGAAGUCAUCUCUAAAUCUACUAACCUUUCACCUUCUUAUCAAAACUUUUUCAAUAGACACACACUGUACAGUUCAAUUGUUAGAGAACCUAACUACUGUAGAGAUUGUUAUAAUUUUUUUUUUUUUGCAAAAAUUCAAGCUGUAAAAACUUUUCAACUUUCACAAUAUUUAAUUAAAGUUACUUCCUGUCUGUGA